GAGCGUAAGUCCUCUGUGAAUAGAGGCGCUGCGCUAAGCUACUAGCCGCUAGGCGGACUGCUUCCGCUCAAACUUCCCGGUUUUGAGUGAAAACGUUUCUGUCUCUCCGCUUUUAGGAAAACAUGAACUAAAGUACGAAAAGAAGCCUCUGCGUAAUCGUCCUAUGAGCCUAAUCCCGAGGUGACAGCCUUCUUGUGUCCUAAAAGUUAUCGAAAGCAAACGGAAUGUCUUGGGCGGCGAGGAAAAGCUGGACACUGUGUGGAGCCACGGCGGCCUGUGUGGCGGCUCUGUAUGUGCCCUGUGUGCAGAGGAGCGUGCCCGGGGGAGACUCAGGAGAGCUGAUCACCACGGCUUGUGAGCUGGGGGUUGCUCAUCCUCCAGGAUACCCCGUCUUUACGCUCUUAGCCUGGCUGUCUAUGCGUCUUCUGCCCUCGCUGUCUCCUGCUCACUGUGUCAACCUGAUGAGCAGCCUCCUGGGGGCGCUGGCCAGUGGUGCCCUCUGCCUCACUGUUUGUAGGUUAGAAGGCCCUGUUCCUGGAGCUGCUAUGGCUGGAGGUAUAUUUGCUGUGUCCAGGCUGACCUGGCAGUGGUCUAUGGUGGCUGAGGUCUUCACCCUCAACAACCUUUGUGUUGGUUUGCUCUUCUUCUUGUCUGCCAGCUUUCAUUGUGCUGACAAUGGCACCCAAAAAAUCAAAAUUGCACAUUUGGGGGCUUUUUGGUGUGGAUUUGGGCUCUGUAACCAGCACACCUUAGUGUUGUACAUAGUCAUAAUAAUUCCUUGGGUGAUGCACCGUCUAUACUCUGAAAAGGAGUUGUCACUGCGCAGGCUUGUGUCUCUGGCAGUUUGUUUUGGGGCUGGUUUCCUGCCAUAUAUCUACAUACCUGUGUCCUCCUUCCUAAACACUGCUCGCUGGAGUUGGGGAGACCAGACCUCUCUGUCUGGCCUCCUGACUCAUCUGCUCAGGGCUGAGUAUGGCACCUUCAGUUUGGCAAAGACAUCAGGCUCUGUGAAUAUGACCAUGAUGCUUCAAGCCCAGCUGGAGCAUUGCCUGGCAGACCUUUCACUUCCUGUGCUCGUGCUGGCAGGAAAUGGGCUGCUUCUCUCCAUAAAUGACAAAAAAUGUGGAACCAUUUCCUUGCUUGUGAUUUCCAUGCUGCUGGUUUACUCAUUGUUUUUUGCAUGGAGAGCCAACUUGGAUAUAGGUAGACCUCUGCUGCUAGGAGUGGUUGAACGUUUUUGGCUACAGAGUGACGCUGCAGUGUGUGUGCUGGCAGGCCUUGGCCUGAAUCGGACUUGCAGCAUUUUGGAGAGGAAACUGGACUGUGGGGCAUUGUGGAAGAUCACAGGCUGGCUCCUUACUAUCACUCUUGUGGGGCAUAUUGCACACACCAAUCACAAGGAAUGCAAUCUUAGUACAAACAGUGUGGUGGAAAGGUUUGGCCGGGAGUUACUUGCCUCCGUCCCCAAGAACACCAUCAUCUUGACCAGAGGAGAUCUCCCUGGAAACUCUCUCCGCUACCUGCACUACUGCCAAGACGUGCGGCCAGACGUGCGGCUCGUGGAUCAGGAGAUGAUGACAUACAAAUGGUACAUUGCCAAACUGGGACAUCAUCUUCAAGGAGUGCACUUUCCCGGCCACUACUGGGACCCGGUUGACUCUGAAGCAAAACAGACUUUCAGUUUAAAGAACUUUCUGUCACAUAAUCCACAAAGAGAUGUGGUUACCUGUAUUGGCUUGCCUGAUGAGGACCAGAGCUGGGUGCAAAGCUUUUCUCGAUGGCCCUUUGGUGUAUGUGACUACUUAGUGCCUGUUCACAAGAAAUUUCAUCCUGAAGAUUGGGCUCAGCGGACUCACAACAUUUACAACUGGAGUGAGCCACACAACAGUUUCAGUGCUUCAUCUUGGGAGCGUGUUGCUAAUGAGGAGAUGUGGCAGGCCAGGAUGAAGACGGCUUUCUUUCUGUUUGACCUGGCAGAGAGGAUGAUGGGAGAGGCAAAAGCUCGCCUCUUUGAGCUCUCUUACACCCUAUAUAAGGACAUAGUAGAGACUUACUCACAGUACCCUCCUAACUGGGAUAAAAACUUGGCUCUGGCCUGUGAGAGGCUGCUCCGCUUGGGUCAUCAGGGCUACAGUGCAGAUAGCAUGUUGACCUGCAGUGUGCGACACUUCCGCCUUUACUUACAGAAGGAGCCCAAUGAUCCACAGGCUUCUGCCAUACGCUCUGUCAUCACCCACCUGAGCAAGGAAAAGGACCGACUUCACCAGAGGCCAAGGAACACGUGACAGGAUCUAUAGACCUGUGUGGACUCUGUGAAUAUACACCCUUUCUCAGGAAAAAAUACUUUUCAAUUUUACACAGUUUACACUACUACUAUCAGAAUAAUGUUUACAGUUUUCUACAUACAUUUUCAUAUGAAGGUUGUCCUAUGUGACCCCCAUCUGAAUGUUUUGAUUUGUCCUCAUGUCCAUGCUGAGGAAAGCCCAAUUUGGAAGGCGAAACAAGGGAUUAAAGUAAUGGUUUAAUCUGGAGCAGACUCAU